GACGGAAGCCGGCUGGCGUCGGGCGCCCUCUCCUGGCCUCUUCUCUUUCCUGGCUACCGUUGAAUGCGCGGCCUGGCGCGUUGGAACCGCCAACUGGGCUUCCAUAACGCAGGGCUUCUCUGGCAGUCAGACGGCCCUGGGCUUGGCAGUCACUGGGGGGGUCGGUUGGGUGCCAGGACGGCUCUCCAACCUGAGAGGCCCCCUGGAGCCUGUCGGUGGGACAGAGACUACUUCUGGGUUGCUCGUCUGGGGAGGCUCAGUUCACCAGGAGCCUGUGUGCAUUCAGCCCGCCACCAAGUCGGUUACCGGAAAAUCAGCUUUCCAGUCAGCAUAAGUAGGCCAGUCGUCCACAAGCGGGGUGCUUCCCGCAGCGAGUCGGAAAAGCCGUUUGUAGCAUUUAGACUCUGCCAAGGUCAUACACGGUCGGAAGCGUGCUGAGGAGGAAAAAUAUCCUGGAACCCUUGCAACGAGAGCCAAAGCCUUGCAGGAGAAAGGCAAGAAGAAAUCAGAAUUUUAGAGCUAGAUGGAUCACUACACCUCAAACCAGAAAAUGCACUCAUGUUACAGAUGAGGAAAUCAAAGGAAAACUAGAGAGGAGAAAAUAUUCGACCAAGAAUUUGUUCCCCAAUGUAAUACAUGAAUGCAAACUUACGUGUCAAACAAUGCCAACGUGUAUAGAAUAAAAACUGAAAAUCCUACUUCAUCUUUCCUCUUAUCACUGCUCUACCCAUAGUUACCUGCCGUCUCGUCCCUUCUGAACCACAUGGCUCUGAUGCGAGAGCCAGCUGAGGCAAAGACCCCGGGCCCCUCCUCUUCCUGAGGACCACUGCUGCUGCAGAUGGCACCUGCCAGGCUGCUCUAUUCUUCUUGUUCCUUGGAGAAGACUCUUCUGUGCAGCUGUUCCUUCUAUGGCACCCCCACACCCUCCGUGCAGUGGUGGAUGGGAGGGGCUCCCGUGGGUGCAAACAGUGUGGAUAGCAGUGUCCACGUGACUUCCACCAUAAUCGCCCCCUGGGUCAACAGCACCAUCAGCCUGACAGAGCAGCCAAAAAUGAGCACAAGCCUUCUCUGUGAGGGGAAGAACCAAAAUGGAACCCAUGCUUUGAGCAUCCUACUGAUGCCAAGAAAGAGUUCUUUUCUUCCCCAGACUUUCAUGAAAGGGCUGAUCCAGGGUGUUGUCUAUGGAGCCAUUGCAGCCUCACUGCUAUUUUUCUGCCUCAUCCCACUCAUGGUGAAACAUAUCAGAAUGAAGCUGGCAAAGAAAAUUGCAGCGGUCAAAACAGAAAAGAGCCCAAAAGUCAGAGCAUGCCAAGAACCCAAGCUGUCUCUGAAGCCUAAGGAGCCAGAAAAAUCCACAAUCACUCCAUCUUCAGAGAGUGAGAUAUUGCACUGCUUACCUUAAACUUCCAGAAAAAGCAAGAUAAAAUGGAGCUCAUGAAGCCUAUGAAAACUACGUGCCUACCUGGAGUCCCCA